UGAAGAUCUACGGAGUAAAUAAAAUUCCUUCAGUCCUUUUCGCUUGGAAUAACAUACCAGAACAAAGUUUGAAUUCGUGUUUGUAAAUCAGAUCAUCUCCAUUCGUACGACACGACACCAAACUUCGCCUCAGGGAUUCCUCUCCGAGACUCCACAUAACGGACUUGUCCCCCAUAGUCUCUGCGUAUUCUUGUUGAUUAUUCCGUGGAGAAUGCUUGACAAUUGAAUCUCCGUGACACUGAGCCGUGGUGUUAUCUUUGUGGGGGAACUGUAGGUAUCGCCCAGUUAGAGUCGCUGUGUUGCAAAGCAGAAGAGGUUGAUAUUGAGGCUUAUCUAUGUCGGCAUUGAUAAGGAGGCUCACUCCGAGGAGAAAGGUUAAUACAGGGAAUAUGGGAACUAAGGUAGUAAAUAUUCCCGAUCGAUACAACACACAAAAAUAGCUCGAGGAAUUUUGUUAUCCGGCUUUGAGUGAGGAUUUUGAUUGAGCGAGUCUAGAACAAUGACAUUCCCUGUUCAGGACCUGAGGACAUGUUCUCGAGAGAAGGGCCAAGAAAGAGCAGUGACAAUUCUACACUGAACUAGGCGGUAUUCGAGAUGGCUUCAGCCUUCACCGAGACUCAGAUCAGUCAACAACCCACAAAAGACUUCACCGUACGGUGAAACUAUGACUUGGAGCAUAAUAUUUCGCCAGAAACCGGAUGCGAUUCUGAGAAUCACCUCAAGACCUCAUAUCAUGCUCUGUCGUGGUGUGUUCCGACGUACGACCCCUUGGUGAGAAUAUUGCUUCUCCGCGGAGCCCAAAACGCCUCUACCGUGCGGGCGCAGUCCCUGAUUGGUCCCUCAGCCACGGUGCGCAGUCUCCUUAUCAAAGAUCAGCCCUGCCGAGAGCUGCAAAUGCGCUCACGUUCUAUGGACGAACGGCGGAAAUGCUUAGCACGAGCUGUACUAUCCCGGAGAUGUACGUUCUAGAUAGGGAGAUGAGGAAAACAUCAGGGGGAUCCAUAGUUUGUGGUCUUGAGGUACAGAAGACCCUCUUUUUGUAACAGGCUCUGAGAAUCACUUAUAACCAUGAGAGGCCAUGAUAUCCCUUCUAUCUUUUGGGUUCCUCUCCCAAGUGUACUUGUUUAAUAUUAACUUGUCAAAAUGACUGCAACGACACAAAAACGAGUGGUGGUCGUUGGCCUGGGCAUGGUGGGCAUUGCUUUCAUGUAAGUCCAUUUACAUUAUUUACUUGCCUGCCGUGAUCUGACAAUAAUACAGAGAAAAGCUGCUUAAAUAUGACGCCAAAUCAAAAGAAUACGCCAUCACAGUGGUUGGAGAAGAACCAUAUCUCGCCUACAACCGAGUAGGACUCACAACAUUCUUCGAGCACCGAAAAGUUGAAGAACUAUACAUGAACCCAGCAGAAUGGUACACAGAAGCUGGAAGCUCAUUAAACUGUCACGUCAACACAAAAGCCACACACAUCAACACCGAGGAUAAAAUCAUCGAAUGCGCAAACGGCGAGAGUUACCCCUACGACAUCCUCGUCCUCGCCACCGGUUCAGAUGCUAUUCUUCCCCGUAUGCUCAAGGGCUGGGACGCAAAUGGUGUUUUCGUCUACCGCACAAUCGAAGACUUGAACAAGCUUAUCAAGUUCUCCAACGACAAGAAGGGCACCAAUGGAGCUGUCGUUGGUGGCGGUCUUCUCGGUCUUGAGGCCGCAAAGGCCAUGCUUGAUCUUGAGACCUUCAACAGAGUCGAUGUUAUUGAGAAGGCUCAGUGGGUUCUCACAAGACAGAUCGACGAGACUGGUGGCAAGAUGGUAGCGGAUCAGGUCUCGCAGCUUGGCGUGAACCUCAAUCUCGGCAAGGGCGUGUCGAGCAUGAAGACUGACGAGAACAACAACCUCACUGGGGUUAUCUUUGAUGAUGGCUCAGAGAUCAGCUGCUCAACACUGUGCUUUGCUGUUGGUGUCAAGCCAAGAGAUGACCUCGCCAGAAGCGCCAACCUCGAAGUUGGACAGCGCGGUGGUAUCGUCGUCAACGAUGACUUGAGAACGAGUAUGCCCGAUAUCUACGCCAUUGGAGAGUGCGCCAGCUGGCGUGGUAUGGCUUACGGUCUUAUCGCUCCUGGUGUAGCCAUGGCCGAAGUCGUCGCUUUCAACCUCACACAAGCCAAGCUCCACAGCCCUCAGACCUUCAAGACUCCCGACAUGAGCACAAAACUGAAGCUCCUCGGAGUCAACGUCGCUAGUUUCGGUGAUUGCUUCGCUGACCGCGAUGGUCCCGUGACGCUUCCUCCCAAGUACGCCAGGACACUCGUCAAUGGCGACGCUAAAGAGCCCAAAGCUGUACAAGCUCUUACAUACAAAGACCCUUUCUCGAAUGUGUACAAGAAGUACAUCUUUACUAAGGAUGGAAAGUACCUUCUUGGUGGUAUGAUGAUUGGCGAUGUCUGUGACUACGUCAAGCUUCUACCAAUGGUCAAGGCGCAGAAGGAGCUUGAGAUUUCUCCCAGCGAGCUUAUUCUCGGUGCCAAAAAGGAUGGUGGCGAGGAUACUGAUGAUCUCGACGAUGAUGCUCAGGUGUGCUCGUGUCAUAACGUCACAAAGGGCGACAUCGUCAAGGUUGUCAAGGAUGGCACUUGCAAGGAUGUUGCCAGCAUCAAGAAGUGCACAAAGGCCGGCACCGGCUGUGGAGGUUGUGUUCCGCUCAUCACCACCAUCUUCAACAAGACAAUGGCAUCUAUGGGCCAGGAGGUCACCAACUACGUGUGCUCGCACUUCAACCACUCUCGCGCUGACCUGUUCAACAUCAUCAUGGUCAAGCGCCUCAAGAACAUGGGUGAAGUGAUGCGCGAGGCUGGAAACGACAAGGAGGCUCUUGGCUGUGAGCUGUGCAAGCCUGUGGUAGCAAGCAUCAUGGCUUCACUGUGGAACAGACACGUCAUGGACAAGACCACUCACGGUCUCCAGGAGACCAAUGAUCGCUUCUUGGGUAACAUCCAGCGAGACGGUACCUACUCUGUUGUCCCUCGUGUAUCCGGUGGUGAGAUUACUCCUGACAAGCUUGUGGUCAUUGGCGAGGUUGCCCAGAAGUACAACCUCUACACCAAGAUCACAGGUGGUCAGCGUAUCGACUUGUUUGGUGCCCAGAAGCAGGACCUUCUCGACAUCUGGGGCCAGCUUGUUGCUGGUGGUAUGGAGUCCGGUCAUGCUUAUGCCAAGUCUCUGCGAACCGUCAAGAGUUGCGUUGGUUCUACAUGGUGUCGAUUCGGUCUGAGUGACAGUGUUGGUAUGGCCGUUCGUCUGGAGGAGCGAUACAAGAGUAUUCGAGCUCCUCAUAAGAUCAAGGGUGGUGUGAGUGGUUGUGUGCGAGAGUGUGCUGAAGCUCAAGGCAAAGAUUUCGGUUUGAUUGCCACUGAGAAGGGCUGGAACAUCUUCGUUGGCGGUAACGGUGGUGCGAACCCUCGCCAUGCCGAGCUUCUAGCCAAGGAUGUGCCCCCAGCUGAUGUCGUGACAAUCCUUGACCGAUAUCUCAUGUUCUACAUGCGCACAGCCGACAAGCUUCAGCGAACAGCCCGCUGGAUCGAGAACCUCCCCGGUGGUAUCAAGUACCUUCAGGAGGUCAUCCUUGAGGACAAGCUCGGCAUCAACGCCUCACUCGAGGCGCAGAUGGAAGAGCUUGUUGACAGCUUCUUCGACGAGUGGGCCGAAGCUAUCAAGAGCCCUGCCAUCGCUGCCAAGUUCAAGCAGUUCGCCAACACAAACGACACAACACGCAACAUGGAGCUUGAAGAUGACCGUGGUCAGAAGCGACCAGCUUUCUGGCCUGCGGACGCUGCAGCUACAGACAACUUCUCAGGUCUCAAGGACAAGUGGUCCAUGACUUCUUGGGAACCCAUCAUCGAAUCUUCAUACUUUGACGGUGCUGACGAGUUGCCAAACGGUAUCUCCGCCACUGUCAAGCGCGGUGACACGCAGCUCGCCAUCUGGCGCAUCAAGGGCGUCUACUACGCCACACAACAGAUGUGUCCUCACAAGCGUGCAUUUAUCCUCUCUGACGGUCUCAUCGGCCAAGAGCCCAACAAGGCUGUGACGAAUGGUGAUAAGGAUGGUGCUUCACCCUGGGUCUCAUGUCCUCACCACAAGCGCAACUUUGACCUUGGCAACGGUGCCUGCAAGACAGACGAGUCUCUCUCCAUCGCCACAUUCCCUACCGAGGCUCGAGCCGACGGUAUGUUGUACCUCAAGCUUCCCCCUGUGGAGGAGCUUGAUGCCGCCUUGGGCACAAAGAAGUGGAUGGUCAAGAAGGGCGAGGCCGGUGAGGCGCCUCUUGCUAAGCUUGACAGCAAGAUCAAGUUUGUUGGGUUGAGGGGAAAGAAGCCGUAUGUCAAGCCGACUGGUGGUGCGAAGAUGACCACUAAGCCACUUGACCUUAUGAUGGCAGCGAAUGGUUGUGGUGGCGGUGCGCCGGAAUGGUAGAGAAAAGAAACAUAGAGGAUAGACGUGCUUAAGAUAUCAUGGUUCGGCGUUGGGGAUAUACCGGAAUGGUUUGGGUCAUUAUGAGUUAUGUUAUGUAGAGCAUAUAUAAAUACCUCUUUUUAUGUUACGUCAAGCUCAACAUCAAGCAUAUGGUCCCUUAUCAGCUCAAUGAUGAGUUCGACGGGCAUGAACAUGGUGUAAAAAGUCCAUAUUGAGGAAGAACCGGAUGAUAAAUUCAUCAAAGGGCCUCCUAAGCUUAUGCUAAACUUGCCUAAGAUUUUUCAUUGCUUAGGAUCGAGUUCUCUUUCCUCUCUUCUCCUAGCCUGAGUUUAGAUACUGUACCGAAGAAGGUGGUCUCUGAAGGACAUCAGCGAAUGGAACGACGAUAGGACGUGGCUAUUAGAUAUAUAGAGGUCUUCUUAUACUAGAUCUUUCAACUUUCUAGGGUCAUCUUGAAAUUAUGUCCUCUAAUCCUUCUGUUAUAUAGCCCAUUAGAAGUUAUUAACACGGAUGAGGUUCGCCGCUCA